AUGACUGAUGCAAGUGAUUUCGCAGUGGGAGCAGUGUUGGGACAGCAGAAAGAUAAAAAACGGCAUGUGAUCUACUACGCGAGCAGGACAAUGGAUGAAGCUCAAUGCCGAUAUGCCACGACCGAGAAGGAACUUUUAGCCAUUGUCUAUGCUUUCGAGAAUUUUAGGUCCUACCUAGUAGGUUCUAAAGUGAUAGUGCACACAGAUCACACGGCUCUGAGGUACCUGCUGACUAAGAAAGACGCCAAACCACAUCUACUUCGAUGGAUCCUUCUACUCCAUGAAUUCGAUCUUGAAAUCAAGGAUAACAAGGGAAUUGAGAAUGGAGUCGCGAAUCAUCUGUCAAGAAUGAAGAUCGACGAAGAGACUGUUCUCGACGACAGCCAGGAACACUUCGUUUCUGCGAUCAAGAAGAGAUAUUCCCACUUACCUUGGUUUGCUGAGAUAGCUAUUUUUUUAGCUGCGGAAAAGGAACCAGUUGAGUUUACUGGUAAUGAGAAGAUGAAGUUUCUGAGGGAUGCAAAACUCUACUUCUGGGAUGAACCGCUCAUGUAUCGACACUGCAAGGACGGAAUGUUCCGACGAUGUGUUCCAGAAAAAGAGAUUCCAGGGAUCCUACAUCACUGCCAUGGUUCCUCUUAUGCCGGACAUUUUGCAGCCUUUAAGACCGUUUCAAAAGUUUUGCAAGCCGGUUUCUGGUGGCCCACAAUGUUCCGCGAUGCUCAAGCCUUCAUCUCCAAGUGCAAUUCAUGCCAACGACAAGGGAACAUCAGCAAGAGGAAUGAGAUGCCUCAGAAUUUCAUACUCGAGAUUGAGGUGUUCGACUGUUGGGGGAUAGACUUCAUGGGACCAUUCCCACCUUUGUACAAAAACGAGUACAUUCUAGUCGCAGUGGAUUAUGUCUCAAAGUGGGUGGAAGCAAUCGCUAGCUACACUAAUGAUGCGCGUGAUGUGACCAAGAUGUUCAAAUCUAUCAUCUUUCCAAGGUUUGGAGUACCUAGGGUGGUCAUAAGCGAUGGAGGCACCCACUUCAUCAACAAGGUCUUCCAAGACCUCUUGAAAAAUAAUGGUGUCAAGCAUAAAGUCGCAACCGCAUAUCACCCUCAAACAAGUGGCCAAGUGGAAGUAACAGCCUACAAGACGCCACUAGGGACCACUCCAUAUCAUCUGGUCUAUGGCAAGGCAUGCCAUCUCCCUGUGGAACUAGAGUACAAGGCGGCAUGGGCUGUCAAACUGCUCUACUUCGAUAUCAAAUCAGCCAAGGAGAGGCGUUCCAUCAAGAUUCACGAGCUCGAAGAGAUCAGGCACCUGGCUUAUGAGAGCACAAAAAUCUACAAGGAAAAGACCAACGCAUAUCAUGACAAACGGAUCAUCAGCAGAAGCUUUGAACCGAAUGAUCGAGUCUUGCUCUUCAACUCCAGGCUGAAGCUGUUCCCUGGGAAGCUGAAGUCCAGAUGGUCCGGACCGUUUACUAUCAAGGAGGUCCAACCAGAUGGAGCAAUUGUGUUGCUGGACCCGAAUGGAGGAGAGUUCGUUGUUAAUGGUCAUCGUCUGAAGCCAUACCUUGCUGAACAACAAUCGCAGAAGGAAAAAGAAAACCGAAGUUUCCCGGAGGAACAAUCCGUAGACUGUUGUCUCUGGAGAACAGCUGCUCCCUCAGGAUGGGACAAGGAGUCCGCGCAACGAUACAACACGCUCCUCAACACUGAGAUCUUUCCUACUCGAUUCGGUCAUACGAAGACCCUUGCUGCUCUUUGGCUCGAUACCGACGUGUUCAAGACGCUCAAUGCCAUGGGGAUUGCUCCCCUCUGCUACCAAACGCACAAGCUCUGCCCAGACCUCGUCCGACAAGCGCUCGCCACAGCCCAGAUCGGCUACGAUAACCCUUCAGCACCAACAUAUGAGAACUGUUCUUUCUCAUUCAUGGCCGACGGCAAGUUCUGCUCACUCUCGUUUGACCAGCUCAACGAAAUAUAUGAGAACUCGGAUGAGUGA